CGCUCAGGAGGAUCUCCUCUCUGAUUGGCUGCUGCCCCUAAAGCCUCGGAAGUGUCAUGUUUGGACUUGUGCAGAACUCGAGCAUUUGUCGGGCGGCGGCGGAGCGGAAUCCUCUCCUUUCGGACGGAAUGGCUCCCAGAAAGCUGUAAAGAGGCCUCAGGAUGGCGAUGGAGGUGGACCUGCUCCUGCAGGAGGCCAAGGAGAGCAUCGAGGCGGCGCAGAACUACCGCAGCGAGCUCCAGCAGCGCCUACACGGCCUGAACCAGGCCCGCAAACAGGUGCGGGGCAGUUCGGGUCAGGCCCGCGAGACCCUCCGGAGGCACUUCGCUGAGCUGCAGGCGGCGGCGGCGCGGCUGCUGGCGGAGCGGCUGGGCGUCCUGAUGGCCGAGGUGGACGCCAUCGAGGCGGACAGCAUCAAGCCGCUGGACGACUGCCAGAGCCUCAUCGAGCACGGCGUGGGCCAGGCCGACGAGCUCCUCAGAGAAGGGGAGGCGGCUCUGCGCACCAGCCUGGACGAGAAGGAGGACAAGCUGGGCAGCUUCACCAAGAAGGCCCUGCAGAUCCAGCUGGACAGCCUGCCCGAGGUCCCGGCGCUGGUGGACGUUCCGUGUGUUUCUGCCCAGCUGGACGACUCGCUGCUGAGCCUCUUCAGGGACGGCGUGUCCCGCCACGGCGCCGUCUCCUCCCACCCCCCCGUCCAGAUCGAGGAGCUGCAGGAGCGGCCCGGCGGCAUCCUGGUGCGCUGGUGUAAGGUGGACGAGGACUUCGCCGCCGCUGAGUUCCGGCUGCAGUACCGGCGCUCGGGCAGCGGGGGGAGCCAGUACGAGGAGGCCUUCAAGGGGCGGGACUCUGAGUUCCUGGUGCUCCACCUGGACCCCCACACGGACUACCUGUUCCGGGUCUGCGCCCGCGGGGAGGGCCGCACCGAGUGGAGCCCCUGGAGCAUCCCGCAGACGGGCUACACCACGCUGGCGCCUCACGAGUGGCGCUCCGGGACGGAAGGUUACAUCCUGAGCAGCAGGAAGAACAUCGCGCUCCGUAAUGACUCCGCCCACAGCCGCUGCCCUGUGCUCUACUCCAGCGGCCCCACCUACUACUGCGGCCAGACGCUCACCUUCAGGAUCAUGGCGGCGGGUCCGGUGGAUCGGCGGGACAGCGUUGGCGUGUCCAUUGAUGGCAAGACGGAGGAGGAGUCGCUGCAGAGGGACGGCGCCGUCUGCAUCUCCACCAACGGCGCGGUCUUUGUGAACGGGAAGGAGAUGACCAACCAGCUGCCCGCCGUCACCGUGGGCUCCGCCAUCACCUUCGACAUGGAGGUGGUCACCCUGUUCCCCGUCAGCAACAACAACCUGAGCGAGGGCGGCAACUUCAAGCUGAGGGUCACCAUCGGCUCGGGGAACCGCGAGGUGGUGUUCGACUGGAUGGUGGAGCAGCCCACGGACUGCUUCUUCUUCGGAUGCUCCUUCGUCCACUCCGGAUGGAAAGUUCUGGUGUUCUAGAGGAGCGGAUCCACAGGCUCAGUGUUCCCGACCCAGAUUUGUUCUUGUUCCCCUCUGGUUCUGAAGAUUCCCUCUGCAGCCACAAACAGCCCAGAGAUCAACUGUGAAGAUCCAGACGAGUCCUCUCGGCUGAAGAGGAUCUACUAAUCACUUUACCUCAGAGAGGGUCUCUUCAGUUAAACUUCUGAAUGAAACCAACCUAAAGGAUCAAAGAAAACGUUUCCUCUCAACAAAAACUCAGAUCUUCCUUAGAUGUUCUUCCUGGACGAGCAGCCAGGGGGCGACACAGACGCAGUUCCUGCUUCCUGAUGCAUGAAAGCGUUCGGAUCCUGUGAGGAUGUACUUGAUCCAGCUCCCGUCUCUGACUGGACCUCCCCCUGAGGCUGAUUUGCAGACGAUCUCGUCUCCCGUCUGUCCCGUUUGAGGAACGUUCAUGAACAUUGAACCCUCCAGCUCCAGGCGGACCGCUGAGGCACAGCAGGGAAGUUCUGAGGUUUCUCAUCCAAAACCCACAAACUGAUCAAAUCUGAGGUUCUGCAAACGACAAUCCUGAACAUGACGGAUCAGCCGGGAAGAGAGGAAAAGAAAUGGAAGAUCUCAGGUCCCACGGAGGAAGCGACCCCCCCCCACAGGACUGUUGAGCUUUUUUGUUUUUAUAGACGAUUUAAAUGUUCUUUUCCGUUUUUACUGAAAGUAUUUGACCCAGAGUCCUGAAAGUGUCACGUUUCACGUCUGCUUCCCACCGUUUCCACGCUCCGGUCCGUCUGUGUGGUGACGGAGCAGCAGAAACGUCCUCCAGCUUCACCUCUGAGCUGAUCUUCUGCCUGAAGCGGCUCAUCCGAUGGUACAAACCUGAAUCCAGCAGACUGGACCGCUCCAGAGCUGGGGAUUCAGCCUCACGGACGAGUGUCAUCAUCACGUUGUUCAAUAAAGUUUUUGUGAUCUUCUGUGA